CUUGAGUUGGGAGUGGUCCAUCUAUUGCGCUUUCUGUCACACGUUGUGGAGCGAACCUCCAUCUUUCUUUCUGUUGAAACCUUGGUGUGGAGGUGUAUAGUCACGUACUUGACGUAUAGCCCAUCACUUUAGUCAUGGCACCCAUCAAGAAAUCUAAAAAAGCAAUUGAGAGUAUCAACUCCCGUUUGGCUCUUGUUAUCAAAUCGGGAAAGUACAUGUUGGGACUCCGCCAGACCCUGAAAUGUCUCCGUGCAGGAAAAGCGAAGUUGGUCAUCAUCGCUAACAACACCCCAUCUCUCAGGAAAUCAGAGAUUGAGUAUUAUGCUAUGCUUGCAAAGACUGGUGUCCACCACUACUCUGGAAACAACAUUGAAUUGGGUACAGCAUGUGGUAAAUACUUCAGAGUGUGUUCCUUGGCUAUCACAGAUCCAGGUGAUUCUGACAUCAUCCGUACAAUGCCAACUGAUUGAGUGGUGGAAGCUCCAGAGAAGUAAAAAAUAGGACUAAGUACACAAAUAAAUAUGUCCUGCCAAAA